AUGCCUGUACAAGCUCCACAAUGGACGGAUUUCCUCUCCUGCCCAAUUUGCACUCAGACCUUCGAUGAAACAAUUCGAAAGCCCAUCAGUUUGGGUUGUGGCCAUACUGUCUGCAAGAUGUGCCUGAAUAAGCUCCACCGCAAGGCUUGCCCCUUUGACCAGACCACUAUCAACACAGACAUUGAGCUCCUCCCCGUGAACUCAGCACUGCUGCAGCUAGUGGGUGCUCAGGUCCCGGAGCAGCAGCCCAUUACUUUGUGUAGUGGGGUUGAAGAUACAAAGCAUUAUGAGGAAGCCAAGAAAUGUGUAGAAGAGUUAGCAUUGUACCUGAAACCACUCAGCAGUGCUAGAGGAGUGGGUCUGAAUAGCACUACUCAGAGUGUUCUGAGUCGCCCAAUGCAGAGGAAGCUGGUGACUCUGGUCCACUGCCAACUAGUGGAAGAAGAAGGCAGGAUUCGUGCUAUGAGAGCAGCUCGAUCUUUAGGUGAACGAACAGUUACAGAGCUCAUUCUUCAACACCAGAAUCCUCAGCAACUCUCCUCUAAUCUUUGGGCAGCAGUCAGGGCUAGGGGCUGCCAGUUCCUUGGACCAGCAAUGCAGGAGGAAGCUUUAAAGCUGGUUCUCCUGGCCUUGGAAGAUGGUUCUGCUUUGUCAAGAAAAGUAUUGGUUCUCUUUGUGGUGCAAAGGUUGGAGCCGCGGUUUCCUCAGGCCUCUAAAACUAGCAUUGGGCAUGUUGUCCAGCUCCUUUAUAGAGCUUCCUGCUUCAAGGUCACCAAACGUGAUGAAGACUCUUCUUUGAUGCAGCUAAAAGAAGAAUUUAGAACCUAUGAAGCUUUGCGGCGAGAACAUGACUCCCAGAUAGUGCAAAUUGCCAUGGAAGCAGGCUUACGAAUUGCACCAGACCAAUGGUCCUCUUUACUUUAUGGAGACCAGUCUCACAAGUCUCAUAUGCAGUCAAUUAUUGACAAGUUGCAGACCCCAGCCUCUUUUGCACAAAGUGUUCAGGAACUAACAAUUGCUCUCCAGCGAACUGGAGAUCCAGCAAAUUUGAACCGACUAAGACCCCAUUUGGAGCUAUUGGCAAACAUUGACCCUAGUCCAGAUGCUCCUCCUCCUACUUGGGAGCAGCUGGAAAAUGGACUGGUUGCUGUGCGGACUGUGGUACAUGGGCUAGUAGACUAUAUCCAGAACCAUAGCAAAAAGGGAGCAGAUCAACAGCAGCCUCCACAGCAUAGCAAAUAUAAAACAUACAUGUGUCGAGAUAUGAAGCAGAGGGGAGGAUGCCCUCGUGGGGCCAGCUGUACGUUUGCACACUCACAGGAGGAACUGGAGAAGUUUCGUAAAAUGAACAAACGCCUAGUUCCCAGAAGACCCCUCAGUGCCUCUUUGGGUCAGCUUAAUGAGGUGGGCCUGCCUUCAGCAGCUGUCCUUCCAGAUGAAGGUGCAGUGGAUCUGCCUAGCAGAAAAACCCCUGCUCUGCCAAAUGGAAUUGUAUCAGCAGGGAAUACGGUAACACAGCUGAUUCCCCGAGGGACAGACGCCACCUACGAUUCUAGCCUCAAGCCAGGAAAGAUAGAUCAUCUGAGCAGUAGUGCCCCUGGAUCUCCUCCUGACCUGCUAGAAUCUGUCCCUAAGAGUAUUUCUGCCUUACCUGUGAAUCCACAUCCUGUACCUCCAAGGGGGCCGACAGAUUUGCCUCCUAUGCCUGUCACCAAACCACUUCAGAUGGUACCACGAGGUUCUCAGUUAUAUCCAGCACAACAGGCAGAUGUUUAUUAUCAGGAUCCUCGAGGAGCUGCGCCACCAUUUGAACCAGCACCUUAUCAGCAGGGUAUGUACUAUACUACACCACCACAGUGUGUAUCUCGCUUUGUCAGACCUCCACCAUCUGCUCCUGAACCUGGUCCUCCCUACUUGGAUCAUUAUCCACCCUAUCUCCAAGAUCGUGUAGUAAACUCUCAGUAUGGCACACAGCCACAACAAUACCCACCUAUGUACCCACCACACUAUGAUGGCCGCCGAGUAUACCCUGCUCAGUCUUACACAAGAGAGGAGAUUUUCCGAGAAAGUCCUAUACCCAUUGAGAUUCCACCUGCAGCAGUACCAUCCUAUGUACCAGAAUCCAGAGAAAGAUACCAACAGAUGGAGGGUUACUAUCCAGUGGCUCCUCAUCCAACUCAGAUCAGACCUUCGUACAUGAGAGACCCUCCGUAUAGCCGGCUUCCUCCUCCUCCUCCUCAGCCCCAUCCUAGUCUAGAUGAGCUACAUCGCAGACGAAAGGAAAUAAUGGCCCAGCUCGAGGAAAGGAAGGUUAUCUCUCCACCUCCUUUUGCACCUUCACCAACAUUGCCUCCUACCUUUCAUCAAGAGGAAUUUUUGGAUGAAGACUUGAAGGUAGCUGGGAAAUACAAAGGAAAUGAUUAUAGCCAGUAUUCUCCCUGGUCAUGCGACACCAUCGGCUCCUACAUUGGAACCAAAGAUGCAAAACCCAAAGAUGUGGUGGCAGCAGGGAGUGUGGAAAUGAUGAAUGUGGAGAGUAAAGGAAUGAGAGAUCAACGACUGGAUCUUCAGAGAAGAGCUGCAGAAACCAGUGAUGAUGACCUUAUCCCAUUUGGAGACCGACCAACUGUAUCGCGGUUUGGUGCCAUCUCUCGAACCUCCAAAACAAUAUAUCAGGGUGCUGGUCCAAUGCAGGCUAUGGCACCUCAGGGAGCUCCCACAAAACCUAUUAAUAUUUCAGAUUAUAGUCCAUAUGGAACCCACAGUGGCUGGGGAGGAUCUCCAUAUUCACCUCAUCAAAACAUACCUUCUCAGGGACACUUCAGUGAGAGGGAGAGACUGUCCAUGUCAGAAGUGGUCAGUCAUGGAAAACCCCUUCCGUCUGCUGAGAGGGAACAGCUACGAUUGGAAUUGCAACAACUAAACCAUCAAAUCAGCCAACAGACUCAGCUCCGUGGACUAGAGGCUGUUAGUAACAGGCUGGUGUUGCAGAGGGAGGUGAACACCCUGGCAGGCCAGUCACAGCCCCCACCACCACCUCCAAAAUGGCCUGGAAUGAUUUCAAGUGAGCAGUUGAGCUUGGAACUGCACCAGGUGGAAAGGGAAAUCGGGAAGAGAACCCGGGAACUGAGUAUGGAGAACCAGUGUUCUCUGGACAUGAAAAGCAAAUUGAAUACAAGCAAGCAAGCCGAAAACGGACAACCAGAACCACAAAAUAAGGUUCCAGCUGAGGACCUUACAUUGACAUUCAGUGAUGUACCAAAUGGCUCAGCGUUGACACAAGAGAAUAUCAGCCUCCUGUCAAACAAGACCAGCUCUCUGAACCUGUCAGAGGACCCCGAGGGAGGAGGUGACAACAAUGACUCCCAGAGAGCGGGAGUCACACCCACUUCUGCUCCCUAAAUUAUGAAGAGUCCAACUUUUAUCUUUUGCUCCUGAUCAAUUUGUGGGGCAUAGGGGUAGGAGAACAGAUAACUUCUAAACUUUUUCUCUGAGAGUGGUCAGAGAAAUCCAGGAAAAGUACCGGAGGCAAUGUGCACAAACACCACUACUAAAACAAACCCUGCACAUAGUUCACAUUAAUGCAUUUUUUAAUUUAAAAAAAAGGAAAAAGAAAAAGAAAAUUAGCAGUAUCUGCAAGCAAUUCAGAUUAAAUUUGUUUUUGUUCUGUGAAUGAACUUUAUUUUAAUAACUUUGGACGCCUUGGAUCCAGGGCUUUAAAAAAAAAAGAAGAUAUUAUAUAUACACUCUGUUUGAUUAAUUGUAUGAUCUUAAUGAAGUAGGUUUUUCUUGUAUUUUGGUAUUAUUACAUACCCAGUGUAUAAUUCCUUUCCCCCAAUCCUUUCCAACUUUCGCAAACCCCAUAAAUUAAAACAGACAGAAAGCACCGGACUGUCUUGAGAAUUCUGUGGUGCUUGAGAAACAAAGACAGUACUAGACUAGUUAUUAGAAAAUGUGCAGCACACCAACUUUUCUAAGAGCUAUUACUUAAAAGUCAUAAUUUUCUUUCCCUUUCUGGUAACUGGCUUCAUGUGUAUGUUUUUCAUAUGGCACUAAAACUUCUUGUUGUUCAGGAGGGAUUUGUUUCUUGUUUUUGUUUUUAUUUC